AUGCUUGACCAAGGGCUUACCGACGAAGCUGCCGAUGCGGCUUGCAACGAGGGAGAUCCAAUCACCAAAGAUUACAUGAUGCAGCAGACCAUGUUUAGGGUGAAAGAUCCUGUUAAAUCGCUUGAUUUCUACACACGAGUCUUGGGCAUGACGUUACUACAGAAGAUAGACUUCCCCUCUAUGCACUUCACCAACUAUUUUCUUGGUUAUGAGGAGAAGAGGGAGAUUCCUGAGGACGUGAAGGAGAGAACAGCUUGGACAUUUUCUAGACGAGCCACCAUUGAGCUCACACAUAACUGGGGAUCUGAGAGAAAUGAGACGCAAACCUAUCACGAUGGGAACUCCGACCCCAAAGGAUUUGGGCACAUAGGAAUUACUGUUCCAGAUGUGUAUGCUGCCUGCAAACUGUUUGAACAAGAGGGAGUCACAUUUGUGAAGAAACCAGACGAAGGUAAAAUGAAAGGACUAGCAUUUAUACAAGACCCGGAUGGAUACUGGAUUGAAAUCCUGAGUCCUAAUAAUAUGGUCUCCAUAAUGCCGUAG